AUGAACGACCAAAGCUGUAGGAACGAGAGCCAGGUCGUGAGCAAGUAUCUCAGAGAGGAUGAAAGGGGAGACGAUAUGGGCGUUGACAGAGAGCCUAAUCAGUGGACAUUUGUGCGUGUGAACCAACUCUGGAUCUGGAAUAUCUCUGCGGACGGCAGCCCUGAUAUACUCGUCGAAGAGAUUCUCAAUUCUUUGAGCAAGCAAGAAGAAUACGGCGGCAGCGGCGUACAACCUGUGUCAGCCGCUGAACUAGUGCCAACGAUUAUUGACCUUUGCAUCAGCUCUUAUGAGAGAAGGCCAAACGACGGCGAACGUCUGUCCAUUGGUCAAACCUUUUCUCACUAUAUCAACAGAAUAGCUCACAGCCAUGGCCACGAUAUCAGUGCAGCAAUCAAGAAGGCCAAAGACCUCUACUGCGACAUCAAAGACGUCCGUGAUGAGCUCAACAUCCUCAAAACCGUGGCUCAAUACCAACAGAUUGUGCGAAGAGGACUCGCUAGCAAAGAGAUCAAUACCACUCUAUCACUUCAGCAAAGUGAGGUUGCGAAUCGUCAAGCGACUGAAGCUACCAGACAAGGGAAAACCGUGAUGACUUUUACGUUUGCAAAUGUUUUGUUCCUUCCACUAUCGUUUCUAUCUUACUUGUUCGCUUUGGACGUUGCCUCGUUUCAAGAAGCACCAGCUUGGGCUUUCUACAUCAUCUUCCUUGUGUCUAUCGGCAUAUCUACCAUCUUAGGCCUUAGCGUCUUCUACUAG